GCCAGUGUGACGUUGUUUCGGCCGUGCGAGCUGGCACUCUGCAGCAGCUGGCUCAGGUAGUCCAAGGUUCAUUCUCCUUCCUCCAGGCUUCAGCAAAGGUGAAAGAUCCAGAGACCCAAUCUCCCCAUCCUUUUUUUCCCCCGAUUUAUAUUCAGGCGGAGGCAAAUGGCCAGCAACUCUAGCACUCCAACCCCUUGCUCUCAGGGACCCCGCGGCAUUGCAGUUGCAGACAAGAAUGCCGAAUCAGAUGCUGGCACUCCAAAGAGAGCCGAUCCGCAGUCGGCGUCGGAGACGGCGUGCGUCGAUGGCGCGAUCCAGCCCAGGAUCGUGCCUCUCCUGGGGAAGCCAUACUUCACAUGCAUCAUGUGCAAGUCCCAUGUCCACCCGCCGUUUCAAGUGGUGGUCCCCAGGUCGCUGGCGCCGUUCCUGCCGGAUGCCACGGUGCCGGCGACGGUGACGUGGCGCGGCCGGUCCUGGGAGAUGCGCUUCACGGGGGGCCGCCAGAUCCAGCGCCUGGAGGCCGGGUGGCGGGGCUUCGCGUUGGACAACGGCCUCCGGCUCGGUGACGGCUGCGUCCUCGAGCUGGUGGACGGCAACCCCGAGGGCGUGGUGUUCAGGGCGCAGGUCCUCCGCGCCGACAUCCCCGCGGCCAUCCGGGAGCGCGCCGGCGGGUACACCUCCUCCGCCCCCAUCCUCAUCGACUGAACUGCACAGCCUGAUGAUGCGUUUAGCCUAUGUCAAGUUGAUAAACUGAAAUGUGGAGAACUGAAAGUCUGAAAUCUGAUGCUUCGUUAGCAAGGGUGCGUUUGGCAGCUAGAGCUGAUUCCCUGAAUAAUUUUUCAGAGAGAAGCUAUUUUCUGAAAUGAAUCAAGAGGCUGGGAGCUAGUAGCUUCAGCUGACUAUGUGAAGUGAU